UGGGCGUCGGUGCCGCACACUGCAGCAGACGGGUCUCUUGUUGAAGGCAAAGUGUCUCCUUUCUUGGCUUUAACACAGAGCAGCACAACUCCUUCUUGGGCAAUAGACAAGUUCUUGCAUCAGCCUGUGGAUGUUGAGCUAUACAGAGAGGACUUUGAACGUAUGGGGCCUGACGCAUUGGGCCGCAUCGACGGGGCUCAGGCUAAAGUGGAUUUAGUUAAAAGCAAACUCCCCAGCGGCAUCCUCCACAGAGUUUGGAAUUUGGCGGAUUGCACUCGAGACGGGUAUUUGGAUUUGUAUGAAUAUUCUUUAGCUCGUCGUUUUAUAGAAAUGAAGCUGCAGGGCCUUGAGCUUCCUUCUACUUUGCCUCCUAACCUCUUGCCCCCUCAUAUGCAGCAGCAGCAGCAGCAGCAGCAGCAACAGCAGCAGCCGCCGCUGUCCCAGUCCUCUGCAAGCAGCCUUAGCCAUCCUAUUGCACUCAACUCCUCCGCCUCCAGUAAGAUGCAUGCAGCUUGA